GUGACGCGUUGUGGUGAGGUGUACGAUGCCCCGGACACCCCGCCAAAGCAGCAGCAGCCGCGCUCCCCCGCACGCCCCUCCAGCGCCCCACGCAGCACAGCGGCCGCCGCCAAGCUGCGCGCCGGCCGGCCCCUCACCGGCAGCGCCCCUGGCUCGCCGGCCAAGGCGGCGGCUCUGCCCGCCCCCCUGCUAGACGUGGGGCCGGGCGCCCUGGGCGGACUGGCGCCCUCGCCCAGACCAGACAAGCCAGCCGGUGCGCGCGUGGCGCAGCAGCAGCAGCAGCAGCAGCUUCAGCAGCGCGGCCGGCUGCAGGCAUCAACACCCACCAAAGCGGCUCCUUGGUCGGGCCCUCCGGGCCUCGGGACGCCCGGGGGCGCCGCCACAGCGGCGGCGGCGAAGAUCAGCCUCCGGCGCCGCGAUGACCGCGGGGCGCCUUCAUCGGCUGCCGGGCGGUUUUGA